AUGUCGAACAUCUCUCCUUCCUCUUUUUCUGGCUUGCAAGAUUCUUAUGGCUUCUGGGAAGGAAGGGAACAACAUCGACCAGUACCGCUUUCCGUCCCCACCGAGAGUCUGGCAACCUUCAACACGCACGUCGCGCGCUACGGUACCUUUGUCUCCCCCCCAUUAGGACAUGUCGAGGAUAGCAAAGGUCGAAAUCGAUUUCUUAAGAGUGCUGCACCAUCAGGGAAUUUUUCCGGUGGCCUUGGCUACGCGUCCUACUCUUCAUUUAGCCCGGGCUCUCCGUAUUCCAUUGAACUGAAGGAUCACUGCCACCAGCAAUGGAUUGUGGUGUUGCUCACGGUAUUACUUUUUCUCGGUGUUUCGUACCAGAUUCUUAUAGUUCAGGUUCCCCCGACGGGGUCGGAUUGUGGAAGUCGUUUUGGUUCUAUUCUUGGGAUGAGCAAACAUGUCAUUGCAUACAGCAAUUGCAGGUACAGUUAUAGGGGCGAGGGAAUUCAAAACUACGUCACCGUGGGAUUACACCGAAUCUACACCGGUGCGAAAUGGAACUCGAUUGAGUACGCCCGACGGUAUUGGAUCCUUCGGAGGUUUAUGAUCAUACCCACCUUGUCUUCACCUGAACAACUGAUGAACAUCACGGAGGUGAUGACUCUCUCAAAUUCUAUGAGCAAGACGACUGUCGCGCUAAAACACUUUUGGAACCUGGACGGGCCUCUUCCAUUAGAAUCGUACAAUAACACCUCUCAAGGGCUUCCCAGAAGGGGCACUCCAACAAUGCAAGAAGCCACGAAGGUCUCUCAACCAAAUCUCACGAAAAUUAUCGAUAGGUUCCCUCUUGCUUUCCAAUCGACCGAAGUCGACGCCAGCUUUCAAAAUCCAUGCACAAGUUAUCGGGGGAAUUCGUCCCUUCCGCAGUCCGGCGACCUUCUUGUGUAUGCCAAAAAUCGAUCGACGUUGUCCCACGGUCAUGUCGCGGUCAUUGUGGGGGUCAAAGGACCAUACAACAAACCGGAUUUAAAUACGGUCAGUUCACUUCCCGAGGAUGGGAAGGAUCCUGAAAAACUCAAUACCACAUACGGAGAUGGUGGAACAGUCCAAGACUCUGUGAACGCCCCAACCAAUGUUUCUGACCCUAGAAAUGGAAUUCAGGCGGACAAAUCCAUCAUGGGUAAUACAAUGACAAAUACAGAUGAGAGCUCUUUUUUGGAAAACCGAAUAAACUUUCAACAUGAAUAUGUAUACUACAAAGUUUAUUUGGCCGAACAAAAUUGGGAUAAUCGUCCAUGGACCGGUAUUUACAAUCUCUCAGCUGGAACCAAUCAAAAUUAUUCACCUUCAAUUGCUGCAAAUUCUAACAUAAAUUUAGGAACGAACGGGCUGCCACAGCAAUCCACAGAAAGCGUGCUUCACACUAGAGUGGAAAGUAAGGACAAAGAUGUACGAAUGACUGAUGUAGAAAAAGAACUGCUUGAAAAUGAGAAACCACGAAGUUACUCUCGCAUUUUGAUACUACGAGAUUAUCGCCCUUCUUGUGUUUUGUAUUUGGAAGAUAAUCUGGGACAGCGAAUCCUGGGGUGGGUGCGGCCAGACCACCUGAAGGACACAUAA